GCCUGUCAGUUUAAGUUGUGAUUAUCCCAACAAGAAUAAUGGAUAUUGUCGAAUAAGCCCACCCCUACACGUACUCGUGCGUGCUCGUAUGGUUGAAGAGCCGGGGAGAUUGGAAGACAGUUAAAGUGGAUGUGGUAUUGGUAGCGAACUUGAAAGAUGAGAGGAGGAGGGUUGGAGUAGAUCCCAAGAAAGAGGAAUAGAGCGAUAAGGGAAGAUUAAUGCCAUGAUUGACGGGGGCCUAAGGAAGACCACCAUCAUCAUCAGAACUCCUCUUCGCUGAACCAAGGGGUCAACAGAUUUCUACUCUCGGCUAUAAUGGUCAACACAUUCCUUCUCUUUGGUCAGUUAAAACAGAGGAGGGAGACAGACAGGUACCUCUGAAAGAAACAGCGCCCAACAAAAUUGUGGAGUUUUGGACGUAUUAGUCGUUUAUCGAUAAGAUUGGUGGAUAUAUAUAUAUAUAUCAAAAUCUUAAGUCUCUCGUCACUCGGCGACUCAUUUCUACUGCUCUGAUUUUCGUCAUCCUGCACUUGGUUAAUAUUUGUUCCUUCAAAAUUUGGAUCUAAUCGCACCGCAUCAUUUCCAACCAUCAUGGACGAGACUCAAUUAUUCAAAGACACGAAAGCAGAUAAAAUUGAGCGAGGUGUCUUGAGCGAACGUUUUGAGGACGAAAUGGAAGACAGUGACCAGAAUAACAAAGUCACAUCUUUUUCUAUUUUGGAUAUCUUGGGAAAAUCAAGAGAAAACAGUAAAACGUGCAAGAUCCCUGUUGCCUCAUCAUCGCCAAGAUCAACGUCGUCGGAAUCACCAUCGACACCAUCGAACUUAUUAACUGUAGCAUAUCCUUUUCAUCCUAAGCAUCGUCAUCAUGUUCAUCACAAAGGGGAAUAUCUUCGUCAUCCGAUGUCACACGAUCACAUGAUGCGACAUCACCACCACCACCACCAUCAUCAUCAUCAUCCUCGUCAACAUCCGUAUCAUCCAUCGUCGCACAUAAAAGACUCCACAAAAGACAAACCAUCUGACAAUUUACAUGCAGGUGAUUCCGUGCUCACUGAGAAACAAAGGCUUGCCUUGCGUCUUCAAUCACCACCCCAUCCUCCGAGCCAUCUGCGUCGGCAGCUCGAAUCAUUCGACCACCAUAUCGACGAGGAGACUGAUCACGAAGACCACAUUGAUCCGGUCGAUGAACUUUUUACCAUCAAGCGAGAAUCAUUUCAUGAUGGAAGGACAAUUUCCUCCUUGAAAGUGGAUGUUGACUCUCAAAGUAUCCAUGGUAAUGGCGUCGAUGAGGAGGAUGACGAGGAGAUGACGAGAAGUCGACAAUCUCCUUCUCAUUGUUCGUCACCAAUCUCUUCAGGAAUCGACCACGAUUCAAGGUAUGACGAUGACGUCCAGUCGUCAUCGUCGAAGACCAGAAAGAAGCGAUCACGAGCAGCGUUCUCCCACGCUCAGGUUUUCGAGCUCGAGCGGAGGUUCAGCCACCAGCGCUACCUGUCUGGCCCCGAGCGAGCCGACCUCGCUGCCGCUCUCAAACUCACAGAACAGCAGGUCAAGAUCUGGUUUCAGAACCGACGCUACAAGACCAAGAGAAAACAGAUGGCAGCCGAGAUGAUGUCGCCGUUGCCUGCCAAGAAAGUCGCUGUCAAGGUCCUCUUUAAGGACUCCCAUCAUCUACCGAUUCCUCAUCAUCCUCAUCAUCCCGUGGGUUUUGCACCAGCCGGCAUCGAACAUCUCUUACCGGCAUCCAUUGCGCAUCUCUACCCGCAACUCGCCGCCUACCAUCCAUCCGCCAACCCGUUAUAUCACUACUCAAGUGCUUUGCACGGUGUUCUCUAUGGACACUGAGAAAUAAAAAAUGUAUAAACUUUUAAUUAUCUUUUCUUUUCUUCGAAGGCGUGAGACCUUCUAGCUUUGAGAAUCUUGGAAUGAAUGAAAUAUUGGCAUAAGGGCUUUUGACUUUACACCUUUCAGACUCUCAGACUCAGUCUUAUUAUUUUCAUAUUCCAAGCCAAAAGGGGUACUUGAAACCUUCUUAUAUAGGGACUGAAAACGUUCAAAUAUAAUGGAUUAUAUCAUGAACAACCUUCUAAUGAACAAUGAUUGGGUACUAUGAUAAGCAAUAUGAUAUUGAUGAUAAUAAUUAUCAUUUUGUGUUUCAAAUUAAUAUUCAUAAAUUUAGAUUUUCAGGCAUAAUUAAAAAAAAAAAUUUGGAGGGAUAAUUUCAAAAUCAUUUCAAUUUAUUUAAUUAAGUCAUCGGUUUGGGGUCAAUUAUUGUGGAAGAGAACUCUUUCGGAUUGUUAUGAACAGGUAAGAUUAAUGUUGCAUUUUAUCCGAAAAUUAAGACUUUUAAUAUUUUUUUUUCUUAUUCUGAAUUAAUCUAUUCAGUGCAGUGGCGUAUGAGAGAAAAUUAUUGAAGUUAUGCUAGACGUUUUUAUUGCACUUAGUAUUCAAAUAUACUUUGUUUUUCAGUGUCUGAUGUUUCAAAUUAUAAGAUGAAAUUAGAAAGUGAAAAACAAAUACUGGAAUUAAUUAUAUGAAUUGGGAUUGUGAAAAUAUCAUGACCAGUUUGUUAUUCCGGAAUAUUUGAAAAUAUUUCCUUGGGGAAGAUUAUCGAAUUAUUUCUUCUCAUCUAAUACAAGAUAUCCCAGCACGCGAUCGUCUUUAUGCGAUUAAAAUGCAUGACAAGAAUUUCAUCUGAGUAAACAUUAUCUAGAAAAGUGAAACCACCUUUUCGAUAUGAACAACAAUUUGACAUAUAUCCGUCAAAUUGUUUAUAAAAACUACAAUUUGUUAAAUUCCUCUUUUAAUUUCUUUGUUUAUGUUUUACAAACGUUCAAUCUACUUCUUUUUAUCCGCAUUCCCAACACGAGUCUUUUCAACGCAAAACUUUCUUUUCCAACUCAACCAAGUUGGAACAAUGUUUGAGAACUGACGCACUUAGGGGUUAAAGACGCUACUUGCGGAUUGUUUAUUUCCAUGAAAAUAUCACCAUAAAUCAUAAAUAAAUUUUCUCUUGAAUAUUUGGGGUAAGAGUAUAUAAAAAAAUCAGUCUGUAUAAACGAGUUUUGACGUUAGGUACUGUGCUUUGAUAGGCAACCAUUUGGUUCAACCUCAUAAAUCAUGUUUUACAUGUCUUUGCUUUGUUGUCGGUGGCUGUAUGAAAAUAAAGUUUGAAAAGUUUGGCUUUUAUAUUUGACUGGUUGUAUGGUAUGCUAUACAAAUGAUAUUACAAUUCAGAUUUCAGCAUUCAUGUUUGCGUUAUAUAAAUACAUUAAAUAGAUCGUUGUACCCUUUUCUAAACGAAGCAGCCCAUUUUCUUUCUUUUUUUCAAAGAAAGGAAAUAUGUUAAAUAAACUAAACAAAUCGUGCCUUCGUAUCGACACGAUCAAGCAUGUCGCUUUUGAAAAGAAGCAUCGUUUAAUUUCUUGUAAUAAAAAUAACUGUAGUCAUGCAAAUAUAGUUUUAGUCUUUUCGUCAUCAUCAAAUAUUAGACCGUUGAUAUUGAAUAAAGAAUGUAUUCUGUUAAAAGUAUAUAAAAUAGUAUUAAUUGAACAUAAUAUCAGUUUUGUGUUUACGAUUUUAUACUGAUUAUAUAAAUGAUAGGCUUACACUAAUUGAUUUCGAGAAUUUGAGAUAAAAUAAAUGUAACAAAAAAUAUAUUUUGUAGAAUAAAGAUUGAAAAACAAUUUAAAGCAAAUGUCUGUAUCAGAAAUACAAACUUCAUGUGAUUAUCAAGGGAAGAAGAUAUAUAUUUUCUUUUUGCACUUGCAGUGUCUCAUCGUGUGACGUCAUUUUUUGUGUAUAUUGAGCGGCUUAUAAUUAUAUAUUGUAUAUACCGUCUGUGAUUUGAUUGGUUAGGAGUUAUCAUUAUUAUACACAGAGUCGAAACAGGUUUUGUAGUUUUUAAGAAAAAUUGUUUUAUAGAUUUAUACCUUAAAUCUGAUUUUACAGAUCCGUUGUUUUAUCCUUAAAAAAUUCUGUAUAUACUUUUCAUGCGGAAAAUAAAUUGUUUAGUGCCAGA